AUGGAUGCACUCAUCCGGCUUGGAACAACCCUGCGAUCGAACUCUCUCCCAUUGAAGAAGGUGUACAGGAACGCGCAGCAUGAUUGGGUCGACUUCAUCGACCAUCGCUCUGGCGACUGGGAAUGGAAUGCAGCGAAGCGGGGCGAUGUGAAUUGCGUCAUGCCUAAGCUGGUCAAGCUUCGUGAUUUCAUCCAGGUCUGGCUGGAUGAGUGGAUGAAGAAACCCACGAUUGAAACGUCUGUUCUUACCUUCCUACCAUGUUGUCUGUGUCUUGCUGGCAUCCAGACGAGGUUCGCUGUCACUGUGGGCCAUCCAGACAAUAUUCAGCUACUCACCAAAGCCAAGCUGUUUGACUGGUAUGCGAGCCGUCUCGUCGAAUAGCAACCUCCUUCAAUAGCAUAUGCUUCCUUCACAUGUUUCUCUUUGUCUGUUUGUGUAAUAGGAGUGGAUGGAUCAAUGUUG